GGCCGAUGCGGACGACGAUGAUGAUGAAGACUCUGAGGUGGAGCACUGCUAAUGACCCGGAAAACUGCACAAUGUCCAGUCGUCUAGCAGCUUAUGCUGCAGGAGGACCAGCGGCCAAGCGAUCUUAUAUCCGAAACCGACCCGGUAAAAUGCCGCUGGCUAAAGAAGUGGAUUAAUAAGUGCGACGACGACUCAGAAACGUCCAACUGGAUCGCGACCAAUGCCAAAGAGUGUCCCAAGUGCAGUGUGACCAUUGAGAAAGACGGCGGUUGCAACCAUAUGGUGUGCAAGAAUCAGAACUGCAAGAACAAGUUCUGUUGGGUCUGGCUCGGCUCCUGGGAGCCGCACGGCUCCUCCUGGUACAACUGUAACCGGUAUGAUGAGAAUGAGACCAAGACAGCUCGUGAUGCCCAAGAGAAAUUGCGCUCAUCCCUAGCUAGAUUCUUGCAGAGGAAAAUAUAAUUUCAAUCAGUGAAGGAGUUAUUUUCGGCUCUAUAGGGUCGUACUCAAUACCCUACCCAGCGGGAGCUGCAGGAUCUCAAGACGGAGCUAGACGCGAGACGGAGCUGAAGGGCCUGAAGGCUUCGCGGGACAAGCUCCAACUCAGCACAGACGACGAGGCCGAUGC